AUGGCCCGCCGCUUCAAGCUCGUCCUCAUCGCCGCCCUGGCGUUUACCAUUGCCACGAUGCUCUACACGUCCCGACUGCGCGACGCGCGCGCCCCCGACCAGCGCACCAUCCAAGACUUUUACCACAAAACAAAAGGGGCUCUGACGCCAGGCUCGGGCUCGGGCGCGGCCGCCGUGGGCGGCACCGCCGACAAGGCUGCUGCGGCCAAAGUGAUUGACAUGGACAACGACGGCGACGUGGACGAGGACGAUGCGCGCCUGGCGCGGGAGAUGCAGAGCCGGCUCAAGGCGGCCGAGCAGCAGGCCAAGGACAAUGCGAACGCCAAGGCGCCGAACCGGCCGGAUGCGCCGGGCAGCGUGAUUGGGGUGGGCAGUUCUGCGAAUGGGCAGAAGGCGGCUGGGGGGGCCGCCGGCGCGGGUGCGGGUGCGGGUGCGGGUGCCCCAGCACCGGGAGCAGGUGGCGCCGCUGCUGUCGGUGGUGUGGCCGCCCCUGCCGCAGCGGGCGCGGGCGCGGGCGCGGCCCCCGGCGCCGACGAAGCCGCCACCGAGCUCGCGUCCAUCCUCCGCCGCGCCCCCGUCGUCAUCUUCUCCAAAACCUACUGCCCCUUCUCCAAACGCGCCAAGGGCGUGCUCCUCGACAAGUACGUCAUCGAGCCGGCGCCCGUGGUCGUCGAGCUCGACACGCACCCGCUGGGCCCGCAGCUGCAGGCGCACCUCGCCGAGCGGACCGGCCGGCGGACGGUGCCCAACAUUCUGGUGGACGGCACCAGCAUUGGCGGCGGCGACGACGUGGCCGCGCUCGACGCGAGCAAGCAGCUGCUGGACAAGGUCACGACGCUGGGCGCCAAGUCCGGCGUGCUCAUGAAGGAGCGGUUGGGUUAA